AUGGUUGAGACAACGAGGGAUGAAGAUCGGAUCGAGGAAGACAACCUGAAAGGAGGUAGGAAUGUGAUUCUACUGGAAGAGGCAGACAUAUCAAAAGGCUAUAUGGGAAACCCGGAAGGAUUUAGCGUGAGUGACAAAGGGGAUAAUUCCUUCCGAUUCUUUUUUAAUAAAGAAGUGGAUGUCUUGCGUGUUGAUCGUGGUUCUCCAUGGCUAUUCAAAGAUUAUGUGCUCCAUGUCAAGAGAUGGAAGGAAGAUCAGAUCUGUGAUGAAGAGAUUAUUUCCAAUUUUCCAGUUUGGGUUCAAUUUUGGGGUUUGGCAGAAUCGUUUAAAACCCUCGAAGUUGGACGUAAAUUAGGAGAGAAUCUGGGCACAGUGUUGGAGGUAGGUAAAUUUCAGAUGCGAGGCAGAGAUACUAGGAUUGUGAAAGCCAAAAUCAAUAUCGAUGCUACCAGGCAAGUGAGAGAUCAGUUAAUAGUGGCAGGACCUAAUAAAAAUGAGGUAGAAGUGGCACUGCGCUAUGAGAGACUUGGAAAGUUUUGUACCUAUUGCGCAAAAUUGGGGCACGAGGUGAAAAACUGCCAUGAUCUGCUGAAGGACACAGAGAGUGAGAUGGUAAAAGAGGAUGACAUUGGUGAAUGGGUUAAAGCUAGCCAAGUGGGAACGUGA